AUGGAUUCCCGAGAAAUGCUACCGGAGAAGACGUCGCUGUUGGAUGACGAGGAAAAGAAUGCUUCAAGGCCAAGAUGCCGCCGCCCGUCUCAUAGCGUGAGGGCGGCCGCCCUGCUCUUCGGGGCUUUGCUCCUCAUUUUGACGCUGAGUCGUCUUUCCUUGAGCAACAUCCCAUUACCAAGUUGUCUCAAAGGCCACCAUAAGAAGCCACAUCAUGGUCCAGCGGACAUCUGUCUUACGCCAGCUUGUAUCCAUGCCUCUUCUGAGAUUCUUUACAAUCUGUCGCCCGACUAUCAGCGCAUAGAUCCCUGCACAGACUUUGAGGAAUUGGUAUGUGGAGGGUGGAGAGACCGCCAUGACCUUCGUCCCGAUCAAGGCGAUGCAUUCACGGGGACCAUGAUGGCGGAAUCGUCCGAAAUGCUGCUGCGGCAUAUCCUCGAGGCUCCCUACCCGGACACGUCAGAGCACUCAUCCUCCUCUCCUUCUCAGCUUGAUACCGAUUCUGGUUCAGUUGACCAUGACAACUUUGACAAGCUCAAGGCUGCCUAUGACGCUUGCUUGGACGAAGAUACCAUCAAAAAGAUUGGUAUCACGCCGUUGAUGGAGAUUCUCAACGAGACGUCGAGUCGAUUUUCAAUCGCCCGCCAGUCUAACUCCGCUAAGAAUGAAGCGCUGUCGGACACAAUUCUCUAUCUGGCGAAGCUUGGAGUCUCGUCUCUGGUGUCCUCGGGAACAGGGGCUGAUGACAAGGAUCCAGAUACGGUGAUUGUGUCCGUGUCCGCUCCUUAUCGAAUCGGGUUACCAGCGAAGGAACACUAUGAAGACGAGAAAAUCGUGAAAAGAUACGAGGAGGUGGUUUCGCAGGUCUUCUCUGCCCUCAAGCUUGGUACCACUCAUGGUAGUGUCACUGCUCAUAGUCUUGUUGAGUUCGAGAAGAAGCUGGCGGCUGCGUCUCCGGAUGCCGAAGAUCGCGACGACGUUACAAAAUACUAUAACCCAAUGUCUUUGACCGAUGCAGACAGUCUUGUGCCACAACUGAAUCUGUCCAAUAUCCUCAAGAACCUGGUCCCGUCUGGCUACAACCUCGAUCGGGUGAUUGUCAUGGCUCCCGAGUACCUGAAAGACCUUGCAAAGUUGCUCGAUGAGACUUCCGAGGACACGCUUCGCUCCUACUUCCUUUGGAAAGCAAUCCAAUCGUACGCAGGCUACAUUGAAGCCGAUGCAGUUACUCCUUACAGGCAAUUCUCAAAUGAAUUGCAGGGCAAGGAUCCUGACUCCAAACCGGAACGGUGGAGGACAUGUGUUGGACACGUGGACGACGGACUAGGAUGGCUCUUGAGCCGAUUUUUUGUCGAGAAAGCCUUCUCUGCCAAAGCAAAAGACUUCGGUGACCAGAUCGUCUCCGAUAUCAAGGACCAGUUCAUCAAAAAGCUCAAAUCGACUGAGUGGAUGGAGCCGGAAGUUGUUGACCUUGCCAUCAGAAAGGUCCACAAUAUCGUUCAGAAAAUCGGAUACCCAGACAAGAGCCCCAACAUCAUGGACCCGGAAACACUGUUCAAGUACUACGAGCGAGUCAACAUCAACUCAUCAGCCUUCUUUGAAAACGCCGUAUCAAUGACCCAACUGGAAGUUGCGCGUGAAUGGGCUGCCCUAGGCAAACCAGUCGACAGAGAUCAAUGGGACAUGACAGUGCCGACUGUGAACGCCUACUACAACCCUCCUGGCAACGAGAUUGUGUUUCCAGCUGGGAUCAUGCAAUUCCCCGUCUUCGACGUGAAUGUGCCCGACUACGUCAGCUACGGAGCCUUUGGGUCUGUAUCUGGCCACGAACUGUCUCACGCCUUCGACUCGACCGGCCGCCACUACGACCAGAAUGGAAACUACACGGACUGGUGGACGAACAAGACGGUGUCCAAUUUCAAGGAGCACGCCGAAUGCUUCAUCGAGCAAUACUCCAAUUUCACCGUGGACGGCGCCGACAACAAACCCUUGCACGUCAACGGUCGUCUCACGUUGGGCGAGAACAUCGCCGACGCGGGCGGUGUGGCUGCGGCGUUUGCGGCAUGGAAGAAGCGUGCAGCGGAGACACCCAACCAACAUCUCCCCGGGCUGGACUUCUUCUCGCAGGAGCAGCUGUUCUUCGUGUCCUACGCCAACUGGUGGUGUGGCAAGACCCGCAAAGAGACGGCGAUCCAACGCAUAUUCACGGAUCCACAUGCGCCGAAAUGGGCCAGGAUCCUAGGCACAAUGGCCAACUCGCGCGAUUUCAAGGAGAGUUUCCACUGUAAAGCGAAAGAGCCGGUGUGUGAGUUGUGGUAG